CCAGGCGGGGAAUCCUGGUGUGAAACUGGAAGAUAUUUUCCGGAGGGUUUGGUUUCACAUCGCUACAGAAGAUGAUCAGGGUUAGCAUGAUUUCUAUUUGGCCUAAAAAUUAAUUUAAAAGAUUUUGUAUUAGUUAAUUUAAUAUGAACUAAUGUUCAUAUCUAACGUGAGAACAUCUUUACUGAAACAUCUUCAUUCUGAGGACUUUGACCACGAAACUCGCAGAGAAAAGAGAAAACAAGAAUGUUACUAAAAAGUUUCUGUGUCUCCAAGAUGAUUCACAACGGAGAUGGAUUCAUUUCUGGACUCUUUAUCAGCUUACUUAUUUUGAUUCACCUCAAUGAAGGUCAGUCGCAGGAGGCGGAUUUGUCUCAGACGAUCAGAGCGAUGCCUGGUGAAGACGUCGUCCUGCCGUGUCAUGUGGAUCCUCCUCUGGACCUUUCUCAGUUUACGGUGGAGUGGGGGAGGCCAGACCUAAAACCCAGAUUUGUUCAUGUUUGGCACAACCAGAAGGAAUAUUUAGCCGACCAAAACAAAGUCUUCAAGGGAAGAACGUCACUGUUCAAUGACAAACUGAAGGACGGAAACCUUUCACUGAAACUGUCUGAUGUGAGACACUCUGACAACGGAAGAUACAGAUGUUACAACCCAAAAGAGAAAACAGAAUACUUUAUCGCUCUUCUUGUUGGCUCCGUCUCCUCACCUGGAAUCAGUUUAUCAGGACUGGAUAAAAGCUCUGCUGGAGUGAAGCUGGACUGCAGCGCUGCAGGCUGGUAUCCAGAACCUGAGCUGUUCUGGCUGGACGGAGACGGAAACAUCAUGUCUGCUGGACCUGCAGAGAAAAGCCCAGAUCCUGAUGGUGUUUACACUGUUAGCAGCAGAGUGACUGUAGAGAAGAGAAACUACAACAACUUUACCUGCAGAGUCCAACAGAGAGACAUCAACCAGAGCAGAGAGACACACAUUCAUGUUCCAGACGAUUUCUUCAUGAAUGAGUCCAGCUGCUCCGUUUCUAUCAGCUUCAAUGUGAUUUUAGUCGUCAUGUUUGUUCUUGGAGUCGCUUUUCUUAUUUGGAUGAAGAAACAAAACCAAAAGAAAAAGAAAAAGUUAACAAAGAAAAUCAAUGAAGAGCAAAAGAACCUCAUUACAGCAGCAAAACUAGAGGAGGAGCAAAAAAAGAGCAAGAAGGAACAGAAAAUAAUUGAUCAGCAGAUUAAUGUGUUAAAGGAGAUGUCAGAGGAACUAGAGGAGCAGAAAAAACUAUUUGAUGAUCAAACGGAGGAGACAGCAAAAAUGAUUGAUGAAGAUGAGAAGAAGUUUAAGGCUGUUGAUGAGGAAGUAAACCAGACGGGGAACAUGACAGAAAAAAAAGCACAAGGAUACUUAAAACUGAAGGAAAUUAUAACAGAGAGCAAAGAGAAACUGACUAAGAGAAAGCAAGGUCAUCAAGAGGUCGGACUUAUGACAGAUAAACUAAUAAAGAAAACAAACGAUGAAAUUAACAAGCUGGAGGAAAGAAAACAGGAGAUAGAAAACCAUCUAAAGGAAAUAAACAAACAACUUGAUCAAUAAGAGACACAGGAGUAAAUUUGAUGUCACUCAUGAGACAGAAAUAAAUGAAGUUUUCAUUUAUUCUGCAACAUCUUGAUAAAAGAAAAGUUUCAACAGGUUCAAACUCAGCAGAUUUACUGAAAACACUGAAACUUUUCUAUCACUGAAACACUAAAGAAAGUUUAGAUGUGGAUUUAAUCUGACAGGUGAAAAAACUGCUGGAAACUCGGAGGACAAACAUAGUG